CACACCAUCAGAUUUCCCUUGACCUUCUCUGGGACAGAUUGUGAAGAGACAACUGUAAACAGUGAAACAAUGCUGAAGGUACUGUUUGUGCUGGGAUGCCUCCUGUGUCUCACUCUGGCUCAUUCCGAUGAAUCGGGAUCCAGCCGGGAGGAGCGCUCACCUGGGCGUCAUUCUCAUGGAGGCCAUGGUCCUCCUCAUGGCAAACCUAGCCAUCCUUGUAUCACUGAGGAUGUCCUUCGGCAGCUUUUUGAUAUUCUGCGCAACAGUUCCACCACCACCACUACUACUGCUGCUCCUACAACUACCACAGCAGCUAUUACCACCCCAGCUCCUAACACCACGGUGUAAAGAAUGUUCUCUCCCCGCUAAAUUUGUCAAAUAACAUUUCCUGGUUCUUCAUGCUGUUUCCUCAAUAAAAUACAAGUUGAAUGCA